CAUCCACCUUUUGUGAAUGUUGGUGGUGCCAUUUCUGUUGAGGGCUGCAGUUCUCUUUCGUGGUUAGCAUACAGAUUUAAGUAUUGGCUACAUCUAAGAAUUUUGUUCCCUUAGUAAAGAUGGUACUACAUAGCGUCUCGUAGUUGCGGUUCUUGGCGAUUACCGCCCUGGCAGUUUGAUACCACCACCCUGGCAGGAUGGCAUUGAGAAGAUGGACUUUGCAGCUGGGGACUUCAGCCAAGGGAUUCCUGGGACCUGGUCAAGGUAUUCGAUUCAGUUCUGCAAUUUCCAGUUCCACACCUUCUUUUGAGAAUGAACUGGAUUUAACAGAAAAUGAGAUUGUUGCUCCUGAUUUUACUAACCGGAAUCCUCGUAACUUGGAGCAGUUGUCUCUAGCAAGGAAGGAGAGGGGCUGGAAAACAACGUGGCCAAAUCAAGAGUAUUGGCACAGGUUGAGACUUCAACAAACACACCACCAUGUGAGGGGCUAUGUUGAACACUGCAGUGGUCACAUUGUAGUCUCUGCUUCCACCCAAGAGUGGGCCAUCAAGAAGUACCUUCAUCGUACAACAGGUGUGGCAGCAUGUGUGAAUGUCGGCCGCGUGCUAGCUCAACGUUGCCUUGAAGCAGGAAUCAGCUUCGUGGACUUCCAAGUUAUAACGCCAUGGGAAAAACAUUGUGAUACGCUCAAAGGCUUCCAAAAUGCAGUGAGUGAAGGUGGUGUUGUACUGAAAGAGCUGCGAAGAGUUUAUGAAUAAGUUUAAAAUUUGUGAAAAUAUGCUGAGAAAGAGAUGGUG